AUGUCUUCCUACAACCUGUGUCCUCCCACCCCGUGUGGGCCAACCCCACUGGCAAACAGCUGCAACGAGCCCUGUGUCAGGCAGAGCCAGGACUCCACAGUGGUGAUCCAGCCCUCUCCCGUGGUGGUGACCCUGCCCGGCCCCAUCCUCAGCUCCUUCCCGCAGAACACCGCCGUGGGCUCCUCCACCUCCGCUGCUGUUGGCAGCAUCCUGAGUGAGGAGGGAGUGCCCAUCACCUCUGGAAGCUCCUCUGGACGGGGCAGCUUUGGCUAUUCAAGCCUGGGCACUGGGUACAGUCGGCCCUACGGUCGCUACACCUACAGCAGUGGCUUUAGUGAGCCAUACUAA